AUGUGUUUCGGCGGAUCCAGACGCAGAACUUACGGUGGCGGCGGCGGCAUGAUGGGCGGGCCCCGCCCGGCGGUUGUCCAGACCCACCACCACCACCACGGUGGCGGCAUGGGCGGCGGCGGAAUGAUGGGCGGCGGCGGCCGAAUGGGUCCUCGUUCUGGCUUCGGCGGGGGCGGUUUUGGCAGACGCGGCAUGGGAGGCGGCGGAAUGAUGGGCGGACGCAGACGUUGCUAA